AUGAAUAGACAAGUUAGAGGUAGAGAGCGUGGGAGAUCAACUAGACAACACCCCGAGGUUGGUGGUGAUAGGGGACCUGAGGUCAAUCAAGACCAUGGUCAUGAGGGCGUGGCCGGAGACCCAGUGGCCACCGCGAUCAAUAGAAUAACUGAUGUUUUAGAGCGCAUGACUGAGCACCAAGCUCUUGGACCAGUGCAUCACCAAGGAGGCCCAAUCGAUACUGAGGAUCGGGCAUUAGAGAGAUUCUUGAAGUUUGGACCUGCUAAGUUUUAUGGAGGACCAGAAACUGAGGUAGCAGAAGGUUGGUGGGAGUGGAUAUCUGACAUUUUUGCAACUCUAAACUAUGCGGAGGAGAGACAGGUGACUUUUGCAGUAUUCCAGUUUGAGGAAACUGCUUGUUCCUGGUGGAACCUAGUUAGGGUUAAUUGGGACAGGAACCAUAUUCCUAGGACCUGGGCGAACUUCACAAGGGAGUUUAACGCCAAGUUUCUCCCUCCUCUCAUCCAAGAGAAAAGAGAGGAUGACUUCAUCAAGUGUAGGCAGGGGGCAGUGAGUGUCGCCGAAUAUGAGAUUCAAUUCACAAAAUUGUCCCGUUAUGCUCCUGAAUUGGUAGCUACGGAGCAAAGGCGUAUAAGGAGGUUUGUGCAGGGACUAAACGUGGAGAUCCAGGAGGGAUUAGCUGCUAUUCGGAUUGACACAUUUGCUGAUGCUGUAGAGAAAGCUCAAAGGGUUGAAGUUGCCAGAGCUCAAGUAAAAUCUUUCCAGGCCAAGAAAAGAUUUGGCCCUAGCAGCGGUCUGGAGCCGACUUAUGCAAAUGCUCCACCAGCCAAAGUGGGUCAAGGAACGCGUGGAGUAAAUAGUCCUGGAGCACCACGAGGCGCUCUAGCGAGAGGAGCUGGAGCAAGAGGUGUCGGGGGAAGAGAUAACGGAGCUAGAGGAGGACCAAGUGGAAGGGGUCAACCUAGGAACGCCUCGCAAGGAGGUCGUGUGAAAACCCCUCAGGUAACUUGUGGAUAUUGCAGGAAAGCUGGCCAUACUGAGGACGGAUGCUGGAGGAAAGAAGGAAAGUGCUUGAGGUGUGGAAGCAGCGACCACCAGAUUGCCGGUUGUCCGAAGAUACAAAAAGGUGGUACCCCGAGUGCUAGACAGGCCACUCCUGGAGGAAGUAGGCCGAAAGUUCCUGCCAGGGUGUAUGCCAUAGACGACCAACCCGUACCUGAUUCCUCGGAAGUUGUGGAAGGUACUCUUCCAAUCUUUCACCAAUUAGCUAGAGUACUAGUCGAUCCUGGCGCAACUCAUUCAUUCGUGAAUCCAACUUUUAUGUCCGGAAUUGAUAUAAAACCAGUUAGAUUACCCUUUGAUCUUGAAAUUAGGACACCCAUGGGUCAUAAAAGCAUAAUCACUAGCCUGGCCUAUAAGAACUGCGAAUUCUAG